AUGUGUGUGGAUGCAGAGAUAGGCAUACUCACGUUGAUGUCCUAUGACCGCUACGUGGCCAUCUGUCUGCCCCUGCACUAUGACGUCAUCAUGAACGUCAGAACCUGUGUCCAUGGGCUCGCCGGCGUCUGGGUCAGUGGGGUCAUCACUGCAGCCAUGCAUGCAGCAGCUACUUUCUCCAUCCGCUUCUGUGGCCCCCGCAUCAUUCACCAGUUCUUCUGUGAUGUUCCCCAGAUCCUAAAACUCUCCUGCUCUAAUGACUAUAUCUAUGAGCUCGGUGUCACCGCCUUCCUGGCUUUCGUGGCAUUUCUUUGUCUUAUCUUUAUUGGAUUCUCCUACAUGCGGAUAUUCUCUUCUGUGCUGAGGAUGCCAUCUGCGGAGGGCAGAGCUAAGGCCUUUUCCACCUGCCUUCCCCACCUCGCUGUCGUCAUAUUGUUUCUUUCUACAGCUGCCUUUGAGUACUUCCAAUCUCAUUCAGACUCUCCAACUGUGUCAGACAUUCUGCUCACUAUUAUGUAUACAGUAGUUCCACCAACGUUCAAUCCAAUGAUCUACAGCCUGAGAAAUAAAGCCUUUAAGUCUGCUGCUAGAAAGGUUUUUAAGAGGAAUAAAGCAUAUCUGUGUUGA